UCUCUCUCCCACCCUCCCUUGCUCCCACCUCCUCCCAGUCAACCACCCUGUGGUGCGUCUCCCCCUCCUGGAGUCCCUAUCUGCCUACAGGGGUAGGGCAGGUGGGCCGAGUCGGGACUAAAUCUGCCUCCGGUGCCAACUGUUGCUCUCACAGGCGCUGCUGACACCAUGGAGGGCACAGCCUAAGGGUGGAACAGAGAGGUGAAGAGCCACGAGAAGAAGGGAACUAACCUAGAGCAGUUAUAACCAACGUCUGAGGAUACGCUCACUCACACACACACACACACACACACAUGCGCAAGGUGCGGACACGCUCACAGAAAUACAGUACAGAAUGGAUUCAGAGUUCUCUGACAUUCUUAAACAAGGUUAUGUGAAAGUCCGGAGAAGACAUUUUUGGAUCUAUCAAAGGUGCUGGCUUGUGUUUAAGAGGGCUUCCAGCAAAGGCCCAAACAGACUGGAGAAAUUCCCUAAUGAGCGAGCUUCCAACUUCCACUGCCAUCAAAAGGUAAUAGACUUGACAGAUGUCACUGAUGUCACCAGACCAUCAAAAGAGAAGAAGAAGAAUGUUUUGGUUUUGACAUUCGCUGAUGACAGCACACUAACCUUUACCUGUGACUCAGAGAAAGAGGCUGCAGACUGGCAGAAGGUCCUCCACAGAGAGUGUGUUCAGAAUGGGAUGCACUCCCUCAGGAGUGGAGAGCCAGACCUGCUGGCCUCUUCCCUCACACAGCAGUGCGAGCGCUUCCGUGUGUGUCUACUACCUUGCAAGGGUCUGGUGACGUCGGGCGAGUGCGUUUUGCAGGUCGGCUUGGAGGCAAUUUCCCUCUGGGAGUCACGGAACCCCAGUCUCAAAUUUGCGUCCUGGCCUUUGACGUCGCUGAGACGCUUCGGACGGGACCGUACCUGGUUCACGUUUGAAGCGGGCCGGAUGUGUGAGACAGGAGAGGGCCUCUUCAAGUUCCAGACAAUGGAAGGAGAGGCAAUCUAUCAACAAGUGCAUGCGGCAGUGCAGUCCAUCGUACAGCAGCAGGACUGCCCCUUCAGGUAGCCCUGUCCACUAGCUUACCUGUCUGUCCAGGUGAGCCUCAGGUGUGCCCUCCCACCUGUCAACCCCCUGUAAAAUCGUCAUGGCUUCAGGCUCUCAGGAGAGUGUGCUGAAAACAUAUUUUCUCAGGAUCAAUGAGGGCCACAUAUGAAGGUGACUUCAGAAGCAAACCCAUGGUCCAGUCUUGUAAAUAGAACAACCUGCUCUGUUGUGUGUUCACCAUCUCCCUCUAGUGGAUAGACAAUGCAUCACUCAAUAACUGUUGGCAACAAACCGUGUAAUAACCAUUGCAAAAAGUAUUGCAUUACAAAAGAUGAUGUUAUUUUUCCUUAUGGUUAAUAAACUGUGUUUUUAAAAUGUG